AUGGCAGAUGCAGGAGUACAAGUCGAGAGAACGAUAGUAAUAUACGGUCAAGGAGGUAUUCAAACCGACCUUGACCUGAACUCUCUCGCCGAAGAUGAGAUCGCCGCUGUCAUUCCCGAUAUGCUGGCGGAUUAUUCAGCAGAAUGUAGGGAUUGGACAUUGAUAGCUAGUGAACAUUGGAAGCAAGAAAGAUGGUCUAGGACAGAGGAGUUAUUGAGAAGAGGUAUAACCUUUUUUGCUGGGGGAUCAGGACGACAUCCGGAUCCUGUAGCAUUGGUGAAUCUUCAUGCGAUGUUAGCUCAUCUGCACCUCCAUCUCGCAAGAUCUGCACCCAAAGUCAUACUGCCAAUGUCAAAAUACGACAAGAUAGCUGCCGGAACAAGGACCAAGGACUUUUACCAUAAAGAAGCUGCUGCCAAUCUCAAUGCUGCUACUGAAGCUUUACGUGCGUCUGGAGCUGGACUGGAGGACGAGCCUGUUAGUCUGGCAAUGGGACGAGUGAUACAUUACCUUGCUACCGGUCAACCUGGUCUCGCUCACCCAUUGGUUGAGAGGCUGUUGCAACGGCAACCGAAUAAUCUUAUCGCGCUCUCAGCUCAGGCUCGUCUGCAAUUUGCUCGUCGUGCACAUGAAGCUGCUCUUCUUACGUAUCAAAAACUCCUUUCCCUCGAUCCUGAAAUGUCUCCUGAUCCACGUAUAGGACUUGGAUUAUGUCUCUGGCAGCUCGGUGAUCGCACCAAAGCUCGUACGGCAUGGGAAAGAGCAUUGACACGUGAACCGGAUUCUUGGGUCUGUUUGUUGCUUCUUGGAUUAGCUUCAUUGAAUCUUGCUAGAGAACCAGCUUUGAAACGAGAAGAGAGGUUACGCUUUGAAACCGAAGGUGUGGAUUUCGUCAAAAGAGCUUUCAAACUUAACGUCAAAUCUCCUGCUUCAGCUCUUGCAUUAGCGACAAUAUCAGGACAAGGAGGACAGUUACCAGUGGCAUCAAAAUUGGCUGAAAGAGCCAUCCAGUAUUCUGAUAACAAGCGACAUUCAGUACUUGCAAGCUCGGAAAGAGGAAGAUUGGGAUUCAUUACUGGAGACGUCGCGGAUGCAGGAAGGUACAUCGCUGCUUCCAAAGCUGAAGAUCCAAAUACUGUGAAUAUAUUGGCGGAAUUGACUUUGGGUCAAAUAGCUAUAAAGUCAGGUAACUUGCGAGAAGCACUGAAUUUCAUCGAACAAACUGCCAAACGACUGAAUGGUAAAGGUCCACUCGAAUAUACUGUUUUACACGCAUGUCUACUUGCAUAUCCUCAUCCUGGUAUGUCACCCGAUGAAUUAUCGAAAAACCGAAUUACAGCAAGGAAUAUGUUGUCAGAGAUACAUAACCUUGUGGCGUCGGCGGAGAGUGAUGAAGAUUGGGCAAAACUGCGAGGCAUUGGAUCAGAUGCAGAUAUAUUUGUGGAUUUAGCGAAAUUAUGGCAAGAUGAAAGUUUAGAAAAAUCAAUUAGCGCUUAUCAAACCGCUUUAUCAAUAAAGUCAGAUUCUGAAUUGGAAGAAUCACAGGACCUUUCUCCACCUGAUUUGAGAACAAUCCGAAUGUCCGAUAACUUAGGUGUCUUAUUUCAACUUCAAGGUAAUGUCGAGACUGCAGAGAGAACGUACCAAGAAGCUCUUCAAAAGAUUUCUUCUAUGGAUGGGAAAGAAACGGAAAUUUUGAAAACGGUCUUAGCGUACAAUCUUGGAAGAGCAUAUGAAGAAAGUGGUGAUAAUGUAAAAGCUGCUCAAUGGUUCAGAGACGUGUUAAGACAACAUCCCGAACACAUGGAGUCCAAAGUGCGACUUGCACUCAUUGCUGCUUCAGCUGGACGAAACUACGAUGCUCACACCUUACUCAAAGAGUCACUGAAAGCGGACGAGACCAAUCUUGCUUUAAGAUCAGUGUAUACAAACUUCCUCAUUUCCAUUGGUUCGUACAAAGAGGCGUUAUCAUUCACGUCUCAAACAUUGAAAUACGAUAAAGCCGAUACGUACACCUUUUCCGCUCUAGGAUGGCUUCAUUUUACCCUUGGAAGAGAAGCGAAAUCACCACAAGAGAUUUCCGAUCGACCCAAGCAAUAUCUACGAUCUGCUGAAGCCUACGAGAGAGCUCUUCACAUUGAUCCCAAUUGUGCUCAUGCCGCUCAAGGUUUGGCUAUUUCUCUAGUCGAAGAUAGUCUGACUCCACCAAAAAAUGACAUCACUGGCAUAGAAGAGGGAAAAUACAGAGCUAGAUUAGCAGGUCAAGCUUUAUCCAUUUUCAGUAGGAUAAAAGAUAGUUUAGCGGAUGGUCCAGUAAAUGUCAAUAUGGGUCAUUGUUAUUUUGUCCGUGGAGAAGAAGAAAAGGCUAUUGAGUCGUACGGAACAGCAUCAAAUUCCUUCAAAGGACGAAAUGUCUCUGUUUUGCUCUAUCUCGCAAGAGCGUGGUAUGCGUUAGCAAAUAGAGAGAGCAACUUCAGCGCCAUGAACAAAGCUUUAGGGUAUUGUCAACAGGCAAUGCACGUUCAACCUUCAGAUCGAGCAAUCUUAUACAAUAUAGCAAUGAUACAACAAAAAGCUGCUGAAAUGCUGUUCUCUUUGGACGUGUCAAAGAGGACUUUGGAGGAACUGGAAGUUGGACUACAACAAGCUCAACAAGCUGCCAACACUUUCCGAGCAUUGGCAGAGGAUAGAUCAGGACCGUUACCUUAUGACGCAGAUCUCGCAGAUCAAAGAGCCAGAUAUGGUGAUGGUCUAUUAAGGAGAGCACCUGGAGAAAUGGAGAAACAGAAAUCGUACGAGAGUGAAUUCCAAGCCAGAGUGGAAGAAGCUAGAAAGAUGCGUGCGGCUGAACAAGAUAGAAUCCAAGCUGCUGAAGCUGCUAGACGAGCAGAGAUCGAAGCCAAAGCUGCUGCGUUAGCUGAAGAAAGACGUAAAGCGCGAGAAGAAGCUUUAGCAUGGCAGGAAGAAUUGAACGCUAGAGUAGCAGAGGAAGAGUCACGUAAAGUCACCAAUGCUGAAAAACGUAAGAAGAGAAAAGAACAAGGUACCAUCGAUAGUGGUGAUGAUGGUGAGGUUGACGGACAACCGAGAGAAAAGAAGUCACGUAGAAAAGCAUCCAAAAAGGAUGGUAAGAAAAGUAGAAAAGGUGGAAGUAAGAGUGAAGUCUCAUCAGAUGAAGAUCCUUUGCAAGAUCAAGAUGAUGAUCAAGAUCAAGAAGAGGAUGAAGGUGUCAGAACAGCUAAAAAAGCUAAGAAUACUUUGGCCAUGUUGAAAGCGAAGAGAAAAUCAAGAAGAAAUGUUGAAGAUCCAGAUGAGGAUGACGAAGGUGAUGAAGAUAUCAAUUUGGGUGCAGCUAAAAGAGGUAAACAAUUUAAAUCGAAAGCAUACAUUGAAGAUUCAGAUGACGACGAGGAUGAGCCUGCAACGCAAGAAAACGGAGAUGGAUCUCCUGCUCCUGCUGCCCCAGAGUCGGACGCGGAUCCGGCAUCGGAAAAUGGUAACGAAGCUACUGGUAAAAUGGACGUAGACGAAGAUGAGGAAGAUUGA